ACCGAAAGGGGCUCGUAGAAAUGUGCACAAUUAGAAGGCUCACCCAGGGAACGGGUCGCAAUGGCUUAUGAAGAAGUUAUGAAGGCGGGCGAGCACCGCCCACCUCUCUCGUCUCACGAGAGCGGGAGGCAAGAAAGUAUCGCUGCUACUAUGUGGGCACAAAGGAGAACGGCAGGUGCUCUAUCCUCGGUUGUCGCGCAAUGCUUCGUUCAGUUCCCGGAAUGGAAACUGCAUUCUCGGUCUGUGCUAUAUGCGAGGGGCAUGCGGGCUUUUGUUUUCAGUUGAAUUGUGGACCUUCGAUCACUGGCAAGUGUUCAAAAACGGUCCUAACGAAAUAUGACGAAUUCUGAACGAGUUCCCAUUUAUAUCAAGCGAGCGGUGUGAAUCUCGACACGACAGCAAAUAAACGCCGAAAUUGUUUGGAUCAUGGCGAUCCUUCAAACUUGCUACUGUUGUUCUUCGCUUAAGCAAUUAUCACUAGUGGGAGGAUGCUUCACAUUGCUCUUGAGCAGUUUAUACGUUUUCAUCUAUUAUGGAGGCGAAAGUGGGGCUUUCACCAUGGUCAGGGCCAUCAAGACCAACGGUUCCAUCCUUGUGGAUAACUAUACCAUAUCCCCUUUGAGUGAUAAAAGAAAUUGGAAUGAAUCAUCACACACCAACCCUCGUGAUCCUGGGAUGUCUUCUUACAUUGAGGACAAUCGGAUCACUCAUGUGGUACAAGGCAGUAUUAUUAAUCCAGAGGGAUUCGACCUUAAAGAAAACUCUGGUUUCUACUUUGCAAAGUCCAUUUGUGAUAUCAUGGUCAUUAUUUCAUGUGUGAUACUAUUCGUCGGGUUGUGGCACGAGAUUCGAUGUUACCUCCUCCCAUGGAUCGCUCUAAGCACUCUACAAGCCGGCUUUUCUCUCGUCGACACAUUCUCCAAACUUUCUCUAGACACCACAACUUUUGAACCGAAAACGGCAUUCAUCUUUACACUUACAUUCCUCCUGAUGUUCGCCCAAAUCUAUUUCAUCCUAGGGUCUGUUUCUCUUUUUCAAGAGAACUUUCGAUGUGCCAACAAUAACAACAUCAACAACAGUCGAGGGGAGGCCUUGUUAGGCCAAACUCCGAAUCAAAAGAAGCCAUCCAUCCAUGUCAAAAAUGGACAAGGUUCAAAAGCGAUAUACGUCCCUAUGAAGGUCCUUCGGGAUGGAAAGACAAUCUUGGUAGAGGACCCGUAUCAACUUACAGACUUCAAGGUUAUCCCAACCCUGCUACUCCAAUCUCCAUAUCCUAAUGAAGGCUCAGUGCGCCGCCCAGCGAAUAACAUUGAGGCUGGAUUAAGGCCACUCGAUGUAGGCCCUACUAUCACUCGUCGACUAAAUCGUUCUACGAGUACAAGGCUAGAAGUUAUUCAAGAGACUAGCCUGGGCGGUGGCUCCCAAUCGGGUGACGAUAGGAUUGAAAGCCAAGAACUGGAGCUUUGCGAGAAAACUGAGGAACCUCCACGGAUCUCAAAUCAAAGGAAUUCAACUCCGGUUUUAGACAUAGGUUUGAAUAACCGAUACCAGCACACACAACCCAGAAUAGGAAUAGAAAUGGGUGAUCAACAGAUCCUUGCUCAGGACAACGAAACUCUUUCAUCAGAAAGAAGUGACCACAACCUUUCUUCCAAACAACCUUAUUUGGUAGCGCUCCAAAUGGCGGCACUCAAAACCAGCCAUGCUACGACCAUCGCCAACUCUCUAGCCUCUCUUGCCACUGCUUCAGCUACCACUAUUACUGCCAGUGCUUGUAGUAGUAAUAGUAAAACCAUCAAUACCACCAACACCACCUCGGUCGUUGUGGCCACUACUCCAUUUUCCACAAACUCCAUACCUACACCCACACCCACACCCAUUAUACCAACAAAAACAAAUAUCAUGCUCUCGGCAUUGCCAACAGAAACGUGUCUUUCAUCCGUCAAAAUCCCCACCAAUCCUCCAAAUUUCUGGCCAAGUGCGAAGCUCGUUCUGAAGUACAUUGCAGGCAAUACGAAUACAGCCAAAGAGAAAGAUCCUUCCAUCGAGAGCAAUCUAGUGGCAUCAAAUUGCACUAAGAAUGUGGAUCCAAUUAUUGAUGACGACUUUAAAGACGACAUUUGGUAAAAACAUAAUUCCAUUCCCCAGUUAUUUAAAAAUUCCAUCUCAUUCAGAACUCUUUUUUACCAUUUAUAUGCUAUUUCAAAACAGUUCGCUAAGAAUAAACACAAUAU